GUCUGGAAGAAAGAGGAGGCAGGGGCGACGCGUUUGGAGAGCUGGGGCUUCACCGGGAGGGGAUCAAGCGGUCCACGACUUCUUCUCUGCGCCUCCAAAGUCCUCUGACUCAAAGUCUCAGGCGGAACCAUGACUAAGGGAAGCUGCAGCGAGCUGUAGCUGUUUGGGAUGACCGCAACAUUACUUUUCCUCAAAGAGGAGGAGGGAAAGGCAAGGAAGAACUAUUCCCGAUAGGAGGGACAACAUCUGCUCUGAGAAGAUAAGAUCAGCAGCCAUUCUGGAUUUCAACGGGGAACCUACCUGACCUUUCUGUUUGAAGAGAGACCGGACUAAACUUCACUUGGAACUUCAAAGCGCCUGCAGGAAUCCUACUGAUUUUUUUUUUUUAUUUUCUUCUUUUAUAUUUAAUCGACGGGUUCUUACGCUUCUCAAAGGUAACGCCAUGUGUCAUGUCAUCGUAACGUGCCGCUCCAUGCUGUGGACCCUGCUCAGCAUCGUGGUGGCCUUUUCUGAGCUCAUCGCCUUCAUGAGCCCCGAUUGGUUGCUGGGAUCCCCUCGCUCGCACUCCAACGGCAGCAGGGUGGAAGUGGACUUUGGGGAGUUCAGGCCGUCGCUCGGCCUCUACAGCCGCUGCCUCCGCGUGGGCUCCCGGGGAGUCGGGGUGAGCUGCGGGCCGUACGCCGGGACCUUUGGGGAAGUGGCCAGCGGCUUCUGGCAGGCUGCCAUGUUGUUUCUGGCGGCGGGGACGCUGGUGCUCGGGUGUGUGGCCUGCAUCUCCGUCUUCAGCUUGUGCUUUCAGAGCAUUUUGAGGAAGAGUAUAUUCAACAUCUGUGGAUUGCUGCAGGCAGUUGGAGGUCUGCUGCUCAUGGUGGGUCUCAUGCUGUACCCUGCCGGCUGGGGUUCGGAGAAGGUGACCAGCUACUGCGGCAGCGACGCCUUGCCCUACAGACCGGGUCUGUGCUCGCUCGGGUGGGCGUUCUAUGCCGCCAUCGGAGGAACUCUGGCCUCCUUCCUGUGUGCCGUUCUGUCUGCACAGGCUGAGAUUGCCACCUCCAGCGAUAAGGUUCAGGAGGAGAUCGAGGAGGGGAAAAGUCUCAUCUGCCUAUUGUGAGUCUUGGAAAAAGCACAGCAGGAAGUUCCCCUCGCUGUGGUUUCCCAGAAGUGGACACCUGUACAUUUCAGAGGAAAAAGGGUGGACACUUCCAAGAGUAGGGAGGGGGGCGCGGGGGGGGGGUGACCUUCCCUUUCUCCCUUUUUUUUCCUCUUGAUGGUCUGGAUGGAAAAUUGCUGAAAAGAUUUAGAUCUUAGUAACAACCUUUUUCAAAAUUUUUACUCAAAUCUACCUGGUGAUUUCAAUGGGGAAAAAAUAAUUGUAUUUUCUUCUACAUCUUGAGGUCAAACUGUCUGCUGCUUCUGAUACAGCCACUGGCAAAGGAGCUUCACCAGCAUUUCUCUUUUUUUUUUAACAAUACUGUUUAUUUUUUACACAAACUUUUGCCUUAAACAAACCACCGUAUUGGACAAGCAGUUAGAUUAGCUAGUUGGUAGUAAAUGAGCAGUGUUACGGACAACUUGAGCACUGCCAGGAAGACGGUGCAUAUGUUUUUGACGUCAUUAUGAUGCUCAUUGAUGCAGUUCACCUGCAAACUCCAACAAACCACUAACUACAAGCAGAUUCUUUCCACUACAACGCACAAAACUGCUUCCACGUGUUCUCUGUGUGUGAUUAGACAUUUACUGUUGAAUCUCUAAUACGUAUGUGCCUCUUUUGUAUGGCAGGAACUUAAGCGGUGCCACUAAGAGCAAAGCUUACUACAAAAUCAGUUCCUUUUGUUAACCUGGUUGUUUGUGGGUGCAUUGCUAAUUAAUAACUGGCAGUGUGUGCCCAGAAUACAAACAUGUGCCAGAUGUCUGACUCUGUGGACUUAAAUGAGGGAUGUUUUCUAAUGUGAAAUACCUUUCAUUGCCUUGCCAACUUAGAUUUUAGCUACUUAAGGGCAAAAAGUCACUAUUUUUUCCCCAUCUGUUUUUUUUUUUAACAUUUUCUGAGGCUGUUUAAGGUGCAUCUCCUUCUUUAUUAGGUACAUUUGGAGUUUUUUCAUUCAUAAUUAGCACAUCAUGUUGUGUUUUGCACUUGGUCGUUAAUUCAUUUUGUAUUGCUGUAUGUUUUAUUAGUGUGUUUUUCCCCUUUCAUCUAGGUUCCAUAUGUCACUGUAAAUGUUAUGAUUGAUGUGAUGCUGUGCUUUUUAUUAAUUGUAAAUGAGAUGUGCAAUAAUUCCACUAUAGUAUUUUGAUUUGAUGGAUUUGCAUCAAAAAGCAUAUCUACCCUCUCUGUGCUGAAACUGUGCUGAAACUGUGUUUUAAUAUGUGCUAUUUUUGUUACAUUAACAAAAGAGUGACAUCUGUAGCACGCAAUAUGAUGCUACAUGUAUGAAAGGCUGGUCUGUGUGAGGAAAAAUCUGUACUGAAAUAACCCAUGACUUUAGUAAAUGUAUGUGUAAAACCUGCUGCGUGUCCUGAAC